AUGAAGUUUACAGCAAUCUCAACUUUCGUACUUGCCGGUCUUGCAUUUUCAGACAGCGCAUUUGGCUAUACAUCUCGUCAUGUGCAUCGUCGUGCAUUAGGACCACGUGCGAGUAAUAUUGCUCGAUCUCCAGAGAUUGUCAACUUGAACAAUGCUCCAGUACCCACCUCUCUCGCACUUUUCCCUCGCCAGAAUAACACCAAUAAUGGCGCCACCGCACCCAACAUUAACGCACAAUUAACCUUGACUGCCGUUCCCGCCAACACCACCACGGUUUUAGUCUCUUCAGCCUCAACAGGUCCCGCCCCAACCGGAACCGCAGCGGCCGUGGGAGGCAUUCAACCUCCAAAUGUCGAAACUACAACCGAUCCAGACAGACCAUUCUCGGUGAACGGAAAUUCAUUUACGGAUAUUGAGGAUGCUGUUGAUAGGUCAUGUGCAAUUCAGCAUAAUGCUUGCGCGGAUGCGAUCAAUAAUGGGAAUUUGUCGGAUGUGGAAAUUAGUGAUUGUGAUGAUCAGCUUUCAAAGUGUGUUGCGGCUGGUUAG